AUGUGGCGAGUUGCGGUCGCCCUGGUGGCGGUGGCGGGCUGCACCGCACUGCAGCAGCCCCGCUGCGAGGAGAUCACCAUCCCCAUGUGCCGCGGCAUCGGCUACAACCUCACCUCCUUCCCCAACGCACUCGACCACGACACGCAGGAUGAGGCCGGCCUAGAAGUGCACCAAUACUGGCCCCUCGUCGAGAUCAAAUGCUCGCCCGACCUCAAGUUCUUCCUGUGCUCCGUUUACACGCCGAUCUGCAUAGAGGACUACUUGAAGCCGCUGCCGGCGUGCCGCAGCGUGUGCGAGCGCGCGCGGGCGGGGUGCGCGCCGCUCAUGCAGAAGUACGGCUUCCAGUGGCCCGAGCGGAUGGCGUGCGAGAAGCUGCCCAAGAUGGGCGAGCCCGACCAGCUGUGCAUGGACGAGAACGAGCGCGCGCAGGAGCCCGAGCCGCCGCGGCCGCCGCCCCGGCGCCCGCACAAGCACUGCAAGGAUCCAAAAAACUGCGAAAGCGGCGCUGCCGCGGGCGAGCCCGCGGGCGACGAGUGCGCGUGCGCGUGCCGGCCGCCGCUCGUGAGCCUGCGCGCGCGCAACGCCAGCGUCGCCGGCAUCGCCGACUGCGCCGCGCCCUGCCGCGGCGCCUUCUUCACGCGCGAGGAGAAGGACUUCGCGGCCGUCUGGAUCGCGCUCUGGAGCGGCCUCUGCGCCAUCUCCACGCUCAUGACGCUCACCACCUUUCUCAUCGACUCGCAGCGCUUUAAGUACCCCGAGCGCCCGAUCGUCUACCUCUCCGCCUGCUACUUCAUGGUCGCGCUCGGCUAUCUCGCGAGACUGGUGCUCGGUCACGACGAGAUCGCGUGCGACGGCGCGGUUAUAAAAACCUCCGCGAACGGACCCAGCGCGUGCACGCUUGUGUUCAUCUUGGUAUACUUCUUCGGAAUGGCGUCGUCUAUCUGGUGGGUGGUGUUGUCGUUCGCGUGGUUCCUGGCGGCCGGGCUGAAGUGGGGCAACGAGGCGAUCGCCGGCCACGCGCAGUAUUACCACUUAGCCGCGUGGCUGGUGCCGGCCGCGAAGACUAUAGCGGUGUUGUUAGCGGGCGCCGUGGACGGCGACCCGAUCGCGGGCAUCUGCUAUGUGGGCAACUCGUCACCGGAAAACCUGAAGAAGUACGUGCUCGCGCCGCUGAUCGUGUACUUCGCGUUGGGCGCGACCUUCCUGCUCGCCGGGUUCGUGUCGCUGUUCCGCAUCCGAUCGGUGAUCAAGCGGCAGGGUGGGGUGGGCGCCGGCUCGAAGGCGGACAAGCUGGAGAAACUGAUGAUUCGGAUCGGAGUGUUCAGUGUGUUGUACGCGGUGCCGGCGGGCGCAGUGCUGGGCUGCCUGGCGUACGAGGCGGGCGGGCGCGCGGGCUGGCUGCGGCGCGUGGCGUGCGGCGGCGCGGCCGGCGCGGCGCGCUGCGGCCCGCCCGCGCGCCCGCUCUACUCCGCGCUCAUGCUCAAGUACUUCAUGGCGCUCGCGGUCGGCAUCACGUCCGGCGUGUGGAUCUGGUCGGGCAAAACGCUGGAGUCGUGGCGGCGCGUGUGGAGGGGCGGGCGCCGGCACCGCGCGCUUCCCAAGGGCGGCGUGUGA